CUUACCAGUCUUCACAUUCCAAGAACAGCUCUCAGUCCUCAAUCUUUUUUACCAAACACAUCAUAAUCUUCACAAUGCAGUUCACCAGCCUCGCAAUCGUCUUCAUGGCCAAUGUUGCCUUUGCUAUGCCUGCUCCUGCGCCUGCCGCCGUGGGAUUCAGCACUCUCGAAACCCGUUUCAACAUUGUCACUGAAUGCGCUGGAUCCAAGUGCCGAGUUGAUGGCAAGGACUAUGACUGCUACGUUGGUACUUGCUCGGAUGGGCAACACUGCGGUGGCCCCAGUGUCGACAACCUUGCCUGCAACAUGUAAACGCGCCUUUCUUAACCAGUGACGAUUUAUGAUUUUGGAUGAGCAGUGACGACUUAUGUUUAUGGACGGAGCUUCCGCUUGAUGAUGAGUUUUAUGAUUGGCUGUCUUAUGUCUUUUGAUGUGAUGUUUUAUGCUUUUAUGACAGUACACAUGUUGGCAGUCAUUUUUUGAAUGCAGUGUAUAUGUUGGAAUAUGUUAUUUCUCUGAUUGUGGCUCCUACAUCAAGAAUCCAUUCUCACCUCAUAUGGGGAUGCGCUGGAGACAGUAAUCUGGC